AUGCCAUCCGACCUCGCCUUGCGGCCUGCGCGAGAGCGCCUCGCCGCGCUCCUCCAGUCGGUGUUUAGUAACCUUCAUAGGCAUGACGAGUCGUCCUCCGACGAGGAGGACCAGGAUGACGACGAGGAUGACGUCGAGUUCCCAGCCGAAAACGCGAGCGAUGAUGAAGGAGAAGUCCAGGUCGACGGGGAUGUCGAAAUCGAGGUCGAGGAUGAAGACGAGGGUGAUCCCAUGGGUGAGGCCGGCGACGCGGAUGAUGUCACCUCCGUAUCAUCUUCUUCUCUCUCAGCCUCUAGUAGCGAGGAGACGCUCUCCGUUCCCGUCCUCAUUAUUGGCGAGCUGGACUUUGCCGACAUCCAGCAGCUCCGCCUCACUAGCCGCUUCUACCACUCCCUCAUCACCAAGUCCCUUCUCAAGGACAUGUACGGCACUGCCCUCGAGGGCGUCAUCCUCUCUCACUGCCACCUCUGCCUGCGCCGUGAUCCCGGCCGCAAUGCUCUCCUCUUUGCCGACAUCGACCACCCAAAGUAUCCCUUUUGCAGCCGCUGCGUCGACUGCGCCGUGCGCCGCAACGAGCUUGUCCCUGGCUGCCGCGUCGCUAUGGGCAACUAUCGCAGCGCCUGGGUGUGUCGCUGGUGCGGCUACCCCGUCCUCGUCUCCUCGGCUUGGAACCACGCCCACUUCCACAAGCGCUGCCACGCCUGGUACGGCACCACCCUCCUCGCCUACCUCGCCCUUGGCUGGCUCCAAUUCUGCAUCGUCAUCAUCGGCGCCGCUUUAUGCCUCAGGUACUUUCGCAACGACACGCUUGUGCUAGUGCCCUCUAUCCUCUGUCUCCUUUUCGCUCCCGUUCCGCCCAUCCUCAUCAACAUCCGCCGGCCCACAACCGACCGCAACUAUCACUGGUCGCUCGCCAUCGAACUCGUUCUGCUUGGGCUUUGGAUAGCCCCUACGUACGCCAUAGCCUCCACCGCUGCUGCCUUGCCAAGCUCGGCGGUUUCUAAAGCCACCGCGGCAACCUUGACCUUUUGUGUCCUCAAUCUACUCUUCCGUCUCCUCAACACCCUAGGAAAUCUAAUCCUCCUCUUCGAAUUCCGCUUUUGGCGCCGCAAGAAACCCGAUCUUCCUCUCCCCGUCGCCUCGCCGCCUGGAUCGUGGCCGCGCUCGUCUUUUGGACUUAUCCCCGGGCCAUUGAGCAGGUCCACACCCCUCCCCGUCCAAAGUCGGGUUGAGGAUUUGGAGCAGCGAGGCAGCAUGGUCAUCUGCAUCUAA